GUUUGGAUAUGCAGCAGAAUUAGCCAGGAACUAGACUUCACUUCUCUAAACAUCUCUCACCUCUCAGCUUGAAAGACUGGAACUAAAUACGUUUAUGCUUCUUCUGAAACACAAAAAUGGAUGCAGCUUUGGCACUACUUCUCAUUGGCUGUCUGGUGCAAGGUGCCCUGGGUCAGGAGUUUAAGAUCUUUCUUCCACAGACUAUAGAUGUUCUAAAUGGAUCCUGUGUGACUAUCCCCUGCUCAUUUGACAUAGAAAGUAAACAUGAAACAGGCUUAGAUAAAACAUGUACAGGAAUUUGGUUAAAAGAUACUUCUAAACGGCCUGUUGGGUUUCAUGGCAGUUCACCAGAACUGGGUGAAAUCAAAGGGAACCUAACUGGUGACUUAAUGUCUAGAGACUGCACCACAACCCUGAAUGACAUGAAACCCCAAUACAGCAGGACCUACUUCUUUAGACUGGAAUGCAAACAUUUGAAAUAUACUUAUGAUAAACAAAACGUAAGAAUUUCAGUCAAAGAUGAUCCACACAGACCCACUCUGACUCCGUCCACACUGAAGGUGAGAGAGGGAACCUCAGUGACGUUGACGUGCUCUGCUCCAGCUCCCUGUCUGUCUCUGCCUCCAACUCUGACAUGGACCCCCGGCCUGGGUGAAAGUCAGGAGACACUGCAGGAGAAUCAGGACAAAACUAAAGUCAAGGUGUCUGUGGUGAACUUCACCGCUUCACACCUCCACCACAGACAGGAAAUCUCCUGUACUGCUGUCUACAGCAAACAAGAUGGCAGCACUGAGUCAUCUGUAAACAGCAGUUUAACAGCUGAUGUUACAUAUCCACCCAAAGGGAUCACAGUGUCAGUGAGUCCCUCUGGUCCAGUCAAAGAAGACACAAAUGUGACUCUGACAUGCAGUAGUGAUGCUAACCCGGCUGUGAAUAACUACACCUGGUACAGCGCUGACGAAGGCCUGGAGGAUUUAAUUGGGGCCGGACGUGUUUUAAGCUUCGAAGCCUCCAAAGACACAGAUGCGUUUUUCUGCAAAGCUGAAAAUGAACUUGGAGCUGGACAGUCCAACAACACACAGAUAGAUGUUCAGUUUGCUCCUCAAAUCCUGCCCUCAGCUGAUUGCACCAAGACUGUGGACCAGGUCAACUGUUCUUGUAAUACUUCAGGGAAUCCUCCCCCCACUUUCCGUUGGUAUAUGAAUGGGUCACCUGCCAAUAACUCUGGCAAUUUUGCAAUCAGAUAUGAGGCUCAAAAUCUCAUAGGUGUGAGCUUCAUCGCUGUGAGUCAAGCACAAUGGGGGGAUCGUUUCACCUUGCUCUGUCUCAGCUCAAACUCUCUGGGAUCUGCUUCUCAGCGAUUCGUUCUCUUCCUUGAAACUAAAACAUCUGCAGCAGACUCUUUAAUCUUGCCAAUCUUCAUCACCGCAAUUGUCGCACUACUAGUGCUAGUAUGUGCUCUACUCUUUUUUAUCAGGUCUCAGAAGUCUCACUACAACCGGUAUAAGAGUCAGUGCUCUGGUGGUAACACAAGUACCGUUGCUGUGAGCCAACCUCCACCAAGUGGGGAAGGACAAGAGGUACUCAAGUCAAAAGAUGAGGACAUUUAUGUUAACACCUUCCCGCUUCAGAAGGCACAUGUCGCCCAACCUGCAACGAUCCCUGAGCCAAACAGCACUAGCUUGCCAAGCUAUAGCUCAAACAACACCGAGGGUGCAAGAAAUAGCUCAGUGGAAAAGAACACAGAGAGUGAAGAUGUCACUUACUCUGUUGUGACUUGGAGGAGCAAGAAUGAGGGAAGGGAAAGGGGAAGCAACACAAACAGGGGGGAUGGCUCCAAUCUGCAGGAAGAGAAGUGCACAGAGGGAGCAUUGAGCAGAGAUUAUGUGAAAAAUGCAGUGGAGAUGGGGAAUCUGUAUGAUGAUGUGAAGCCUAGAAUUGUAAAGAAGGAAUCAGAAUGUGAAUAUGCCCAGGUUAAAUUUAAAGACAAUCGUGAUCUGCAGAAAUAGAUUAAAAUUACAUUUCUGUGCCUUAUACUGAGAAAUAUAGAACAUCAUGCUCCCUCACACAGGGCUCCAAAUUCAUUCUUCAAAAUGUGACUCCUUCACAUGAGGGCACUUUUAAACUUUGGUGGGGAAUUAAUUUGUCAGCUUAAACCUACUGUGAAGAGUUUGUAGCUAGUUAUCAAACAAACUGAAAUUAACACUGAUGCAUUUGUGACCUACAAAAGCAUACAAGCAAUCAGUGUGGGUACCAAUUAUUUCUGUUAAGUUAUCUAAUGCCUGUCACCACUGCCACCAAGUCAGAUUUCUUGUCCAGCCCAAUCUGAGUUGUAAGAAUUGAUCUGAAAGUUUUGCUUCAAACAAUCAACGGACAAAACCCCCACAGCACUGAACACAGUAGCACUACAGUUGUGGUUGAGUUUGGCUUCUGUGAGUAUUUGCUAGUGAAUAUGUAAUAUCUAUUAUUAUUAUCCAUCUAUUAUUCCAUCAAUGUGUAUCAUUUUGAGUUAUGGUUCAGUCCAUUUUUCAGACAGGAGCAUAAACAGGCGUUGUAAAAUGUGCUUGUAGUUAAUGCUGGGCGAUAAUUCGACAACGAUAAUUAUUGUGAUAUAAUUUUUGUCAAUAUAAAAAAACAUUUAAUUACACCCCCCAGCAACUUAAAAUGGAGGGGGCGCUAAUGAGCCUUAAAUGCUAGUUGCCACCCACCAUUAGACAGAAGAAGACGGCAUUGAACAGCCAAUCAUGUCGCAGGAUGAGAGGUAGGCGGGGCUGAAAGACGUUCGGAGCGGAAUGUAAACACAGCUGAAAAGAGCGACAGCGACACUGAAGAAAACUCAAAACCUACCAGCUCAAAGUAGAGUCGUUAGUCUGACACUGUGUUGACUCUGCGUUAACUAUUAACUUCAUACACUUCAUUAAAUAAACUUUCAGGAUGUGGAUAAAGGAAGGGCACAGAGACAACUUCUGCUGUGCAUUUCUGGACACGUUUAAUGUCCGCCGCAACUGUAGGACAACUGAACACUGAAUAACCGUGAUGCAUUCACUGCACUGUGGGGAACAACAUCACUCCUGCCUUAGUAAUCUUAACAAGGAGAGCACAUCUCAAAACAAUACUCCAUAAACUGAUACACAGUACACAAUUGUAUAUAUAUUUGUUGUCAAUUUAAAUCAAAUUAUGGAAAUAACCUCAACCUGAACGAAAUAACAAUCUACAAACUAAAACUUCACAAAAAUCUAAUUUUACACUAAAAACCUGCUUCCUGUUAGCACCGUCAGAAAUGAUGGAUUCAAGAAGUUUAUCAGAAAACUAAAUCCAGAUACAAACUAACAAACUGUCUGGUUUCUUCAACUUUCAUUUAGGACCAAAAAUCGGCAAUUCAAUUUAAAUUAAAUAAGGAUUUGAUAUUUAACGUGAUAAUUAUUGAUAUCGACUGAUAUGAAAUAUUUUUAUUGUGAUAACAUAAUUUUUCAAUAUCGCCCAGCACUUCUUGUAAUCAUUAAGAAGCAGCUUAUAAGUUCACCUUCAUGGUGACACCGGUUCUUUCUUUGUGUAUGCCAAUUUGGCUUUCAGUAAGGACUAUGUUUAAUGGUUGAUGAUGAUGAUGAAUAGAAGACUUCAUCAUGAAGUCAACAUUUGUAUUUUAGGUAAAAAAAUAGAUGGAAGUCUAUGUCAGUCCAGUUACACACCACAAAUGAAAGAAGCCAGAGGGAAUUCAACAGUACAUGAUUUUAAAGUUAGAUAAGUCGCUCUGAUUUGGGCUUACAGUUCAUUCUAUCCUUUGAGACCGAGGAUGAUUAGUCCGCCUUUGUUUCCCUGUCUGGUAUGUUUUUUCUUGUUUGUAGAAGUUGCUUUCUGCUUCUUGAGCAUGUAUUACCUAUCGUCUUGACAUAAAAAAAUAAAGCCAGUGGCACCCGGCCUAAAAGACCCGGAGUCAUAA